CUACAUAGUCAGUCAAAUGCAAUCUUGCACCAUUACUUGGCCACCCUGGUCAUACAUUACUUCUUCUUUAUUUUUAUGGGUUUUCCAAUGCCUGUUCCUGCUACCUAUGCUUGGGUGACAGAUCCCAAAUAUUUGGGAUUUUGCUAUCACUAA